AUGAAGGACCUCGGCCCUUUGAAUUAUUUUCUUGGCAUUGCGGUGACCCGUCACAAGGGUGGUAUGUUUCUUUCACAACGAAGUUAUGCUACGGAGAUUAUUGACCGUGCAGGAAUGUCUUCGUGUAAGCCUUCUUCCACUCCGGUUGACACUAAGCCGAAGGUCAGUGCCGCUUCUGGCGAUCUGUGUGAAGAUCCCACUCAUUUCCGGAGUCUUGCAGGGAAUCCAGUCCAACAUCAGCGCACCAAGCACAUUGAGAUGGAUAUCCAUUUUGUUCGUGAGAAGGUGGCACGCGGUCACUACAGAUGGUAUGAUUCGGACUGGGCCAGAUGUCCGUUGACUCAAAAAUUCCUUAGCGGGUGGUUUAUCUCCCUUAAGAAUUCACCUAUAUCAUGGGAAACCAAGAAGCAACACAUUGUCUCUCGCUUUUUAGCAGAGGCGGAAUACCAGUCAAUGGCAAUGACAGUCUGUGUAUUAAAAUGGUUAAAGGGAAUUUUGCAUAGUCUGGGUGUUGAGCAUAAGUCUCUGGUGAAUAUGUACCGUGAUAGUCAAGCAGUGUUGUAUAUUGUGUGA